GAAGAGAAAUAUAACAGGCGUACGAAGCAGAGCGACUCCCAGAACCAGAAAAAAAGGUCAAAAAUAAAUAAAUAAAUACAAAAGCAGAGCGACAGCGAAGAAGACGAUCAUCGCCGUCGUCGCAGGUUACCUCCUCCUUCGAAUCGAAUCGGACUUCGCUCGAGCUCCUCUCCCUCCCUCCACGCGCGCGCGCGCGCGCCCCAAUCGGAGAUCCAUCGAUCGGUCGUUCGUCGAGGCUUCGACUUCUCGGCUGCCGGGCAGCCGCGAGAGGCGUCGGGCUUCGAGGUUUUCGUUCGCCGGCCGGAUGCGGCAUUGAGAGCUGCUGAAUCGUCGGGGAGGGAGAGGAUUUUUUGGAUGGUUUAUGGCCGAAGAAUCGGCUGCACCGGCGGAGAGGGCGAGCGAGGGCAAGAGCAAGCUAUGGAAGGGCGUUUUCGCCGUCGCCGGCAUCAUGACGACUCUCGUCAUCUACGGAGUUCUGCAGGAAAAGAUCAUGAGAGUGCCUUAUGGUGAUGGGCCAGACAAGGAAUACUUUAAGUAUUCUCUGUUUCUCGUGUUCUGCAACCGUAUCACUACAUCUGCUGUUUCUGCGGGUGUUUUGCUUGCAAGUAAGAAGGCCUUGGAUCCUGUUGCUCCGAUUUAUAAAUACGGCCUCGUAUCAAUAUCAAAUAUCCUGACAACGACAUGUCAGUAUGAGGCACUGAAGUAUGUCAGUUUUCCUGUUCAGACUCUGGCAAAAUGUGCAAAGAUGAUACCCGUCAUGGUUUGGGGGACUGUAAUCAUGCAAAAGAGAUACAAGGGUCCGGACUAUUCGAUAGCUUUUCUUGUGACACUGGGGUGCUCGAUAUUUAUUUUAUAUCCAGCAGGUCCUGACAUUAGCCCAUACAGCAGAGGAAGGGAAAAUACUGUUUGGGGUGUUUCCCUCAUGGUUGGUUAUCUUGGGUUUGAUGGCUUUACUAGCACAUUCCAGGACAAGUUAUUUAAGGGCUACAAUAUGGAGAUACACAACCAAAUUUUCUAUACAACAAUAUGUUCCUGUAUUCUCAGUUUGACAGGUAUUAUAUUACAAGGACACCUUCUUCCAGCCGUGGAUUUUGUUUAUCGGCAUAAUGAUUGUUUCUUAGACAUUGCCUUGCUUUCUACUGUAGCAACAACCAGUCAAUUUUUUAUUUCCUACACUAUUCGGAACUUUGGAGCUCUUACAUUUGCGACAAUAAUGACCACAAGACAGUUGGUCAGCAUUUUGCUGUCAUGUGUAUGGUUUACCCAUCCUCUUAGCUGGGAACAGUGUAUUGGAGCGGUUAUUGUCUUUGGCUCCCUUUAUACAAAAACCUUCCUGCGAAAAGCACCUCAAGAGGCAUCGCUCCCCGAGCAAAUGCCAAAUGGAGCUGCUGGUGCUGGGAAGUCUUGAGAAUAUCGGUCACUGCUAUCAGGGAUUAGUCUUCGGUUAACGAGGUAUGGAGCAGCAGCUGUUAGUCUAGAGCUGCUGUAAGUCUAAUUCUGUUUGAGUUUAGUCUGCCUAAUCAACACUACAAGAAGCAUAAAUUUACAGGACAAUGAGUUACACAUUAACCAAAGCAAGUAGAUAUGUAUCCCAUUUUUCUGAUCUUACGAACUAAUUUUCAGUUUUGAGAGCAUUUGCUUGUCUGGAAUUUUGUAUAACUCAGUCAUCAAAUACUUCUUCGUUUUAUAGAUAGUCAUUUUAGAGCCGAA